CUAAAAAGUCAGCGACCAUGGCGUCAACAGACGUGGAUGAUGAUGUCCCGCAGCUCCCUGCGGACACGUUGGCCCUGCUGAAAGAAUUUUAUGGCGAGAAGGAUGCGAGGCAAAAGCAGUUCGAAGAUCUCAAAGCGAAAGCUGAGGAUGAUUUUGAGGGAAGUUUUUCAAUGGAAGCCUUCACAGAGGAUUGGAAUGCGAGCCAGUUCUGGUACAACGACGAAACAGCCUCCAUUUUAGCCAGACAGCUGCUCGAAGGAGCCACAGACGAAACCCGAAUAGCAGUUGUAUCAGCACCAAGCGCCUUCAUUCAGCUCAAGAAUCUCUUAAAAUCCGGAGAAUAUCAAUGCCGACCAACAAUCAGAUUACUCGAAUUCGAUGAGCGUUUCGGUGUGUUCAAGGAGUUUGUCCAUUAUGACUUCGAGCAUGCUACACGGCUACCCGCUGAACUGAAGGGCUCCUUUGACCGCAUCAUCUGCGAUCCUCCGUUCCUCAGUCAGGACUGCCAGACCAAGGCCGCUCUGACGGUCCGCUGGCUCGCAAAAUCCUGGUCCCAAGAUUCUCUCCGGUUGAUUGUGUGUACCGGAGAGCGAAUGGAAACCUUGAUCCAGAGGCUUUAUGCAAAAGUCGGCGCACAUACUACUACUUUCGAGCCAAAACAUGCCAAAGGACUGAGCAAUGAGUUCAGAUGUUAUGCCAACUUUGAAUGCGAGGAUUGGAAGUGGGCGGAACGGGCAUGAUUUGGGAUUAGCGUAUAUUGUUCAUGUUGACGCCUAUUUUCUGCUUAGCUGUUCGUUAUAACAAUAUACCCCGUUCAGUUUG